AUGUCUCGAGCGUUUCUGAGCUUGCGCAAGCCUUUGAUAGGCUUCGCAGCCGUGGCCACCGCCGGCACCGUCGUCUACGCCUCCCGCCGACACAACAAGCACUCCUUUGACACACCCCUCGUCGCGCUGCAGCGUGACGCCAGCGGGCGCAUCGUGCCGCCCACCUUUCCCGCCAUCAAGAGCCGCGCCGAGAACCUCGCCGAGCUGCGCCGCCACAGCCAGCCAGACGGCGCGGGGGAGGAGGCGGAAGCCGAGUAUGAUCUCCUCAUCAUCGGCGGCGGCGCGACGGGCACGGGCAUCGCGCUCGACGCCGUGACGCGCGGCCUCAAGGUGGCGCUGGUCGAGCGCGACGACUUCUCGGCCGGCACGAGCUCCAAGAGCACCAAGCUGGUCCACGGCGGCGUGCGGUACCUCGAAAAGGCCGUCUGGAACCUCGACUACGCGCAGCUGCAGCUCGUCAUGGAGGCGCUGCAUGAGCGUCGCACCUUUCUCGACAUCGCGCCGCACCUCUCCCACUCGCUGCCCAUCCUGUUACCGCUCGAGCACUGGUGGCAGGCGCCGUACAUGUGGGUGGGCACCAAGACGUACGACAUGCUCGCCGGCGACCAGGGCCUCGAGCGCUCCUACUACCUGAGCCGUGCCCAGGCCCUGGCCAAGCUGCCCAUGCUCAACCCGGCCAAGCUCGUCGGCGCCCUCGUCUACUACGACGGCCAGCACAACGACUCGCGCAUGAAUGUCGCCCUCGCCAUGACGGCCUCGCUGUACGGCGCCACCGUGCUCAACCACGUCGAGGUCACGGCCCUGCACAAGAACGCCGACGGCACGAUUGACGGCGCCACGGUCCGCGACGUGCUCGCCUCGGUCGACCCCGACGCCGGCCUGGACGGGCGCGCCUUCACCGUCCGCGCCAAGGGCGUCAUCAACGCCACCGGCCCCUUUGCCGACGCCAUUGAGCGCAUGGACGACCCCGCGCGCAAGACCAUGAUUGCGCCCGCCUCGGGCGCGCACAUUGUGCUGCCCGGCAGCCUCUGCCCGCACGGCAUGGGCAUGCUCGACGCCGCCACGUCCGACGGCCGCGUCGUCUUCGUGCUGCCCUGGCAAAACUACACCCUGGCCGGCACCACGGACAAUGCGUGCGAGGUGGAGCGCCAGCCCGUGGCGCGCGACGAGGACGUCGACUUCAUCCUCGGCGAGGUCAGCAAGCUGCUCAAGCCCGACUCGGCCCUCACCCGCGCCGACGUGCUCGCCACCUGGUCCGGCAUCCGCCCGCUCGUCAAGGACCCCCACGCCAAGAACACCGAGUCGCUCGUCCGCAGCCACCUCGUGACCGUCUCGCCCGCGAAGCUGCUGACCUGCGCCGGCGGCAAGUGGACCACGUACCGCCAGAUGGCCGAGGACGCCGUCGACGAGGCCAUCAAGACGUUUGACCUGAAACCGCGCGCCGGACCUCUUGCCAACAUUGCCGGUGCCGCCGAACUCCCCGCCGUCCAGAGUACCGCCGCCUGCGUCACGCGCAAGGUCGUCCUCGCUGGCUCGCACGGCUACUCGACCCGCCUGCCCGCCGAGCUCGCCGAGAGCCGGUCUGUCGACGCCGACGUUGCGCACCACCUAGCGACCAACUAUGGCGACCGCGCGUGGGCGCUGCUCGACACGACGACGACGACGACGACGACACCGCCGACGCGGCUGCUGCCUUCGCACCCCUUCACCGACGCCGAGGUGCGGUACGCUGUGCGUGCUGAAGCGGCGUGCACGGCCGCCGACGUGAUUGCGCGCCGCACGCGCCUGGCGUUCCUCGACGUCGAUGGCGCUCUCCUCGCGCUGCCGCAGGUGAUUGAGAUUAUGGCGCAGGAGCUCGGCUGGGGCGCCGCCCGCCAGGCCCGCGAGUGGCAGGACACGGUGCGCUUCCUCGAGUCCAUGGGCCUCGCGCGCGACCAGCUGCGCGUCAGCCGCGACGAGGUCGUCGUCCGCGGCGAGGCCAAGGCGGCGCCGCCACCGCCGACGCCUCAGCAAAAGGCGAUGGCGGUCGGUGGGAAGCUCAACUUUGGCGUCGUCGGGCAGAGGGAGACGAGCGGGCGGUGA